AUGAUCUUCAACUACAUGCGCCUGAAGAAUGCCCCCUGGCUGCUGCUCAGCGACGUUGGUCCGGACCCCGCCUCCCUGACGGCCGAGGCUCAGCUCCAGGCCGUCAGCUUGGCAAACCAGGUCCCCACGGCCGCGGACUUCCCUCCCCUGGGCGACUCGUCCGCCCAGCUGACGACCGACUCCCUCAAGUCUUUCCGCACUUACGUCGUCUACCUCAAGUGGCUCGAGAUGCAGCAGCGCCCGCUGUCGUACCUGGAGCAGACCACGCUCACCAGCUUCCAGGACUGGCUCCAGUCGCCCCUGCAGCCCCUGUCGGACAACCUCGAGUCGGCGACGUACGAGGUCUUUGAGGGCGACCCGGUCAAGUACAACCAGUACGAAGCCGCUUGCACGGAGGCGCUGGCCGAGUGGCACCAGUUGGGCAGGGCCACCUCUUCGGCGAACGGCGCCGUCGUCAUCGCAGUCGUCGGCUCUGGCCGUGGCCCCCUCGUGACGAGAGCGCUCAAGGCCAGCGAGGCGACGGGCGUCCCCGUCCAGGUCUGGGCCGUGGAGAAAAACCCCAACGCCUACGUCUACCUCCUGAGACAAAAUGAGAUGAUCUGGGGCGGCAAGGUCACGGUGGUCAAGACGGACAUGCGCUCGUGGAAGGGCCCCCUCGUCUCAGGCACGCCUGACGACAACCCCGUCUACGGCAAGGUCGAUAUCCUGGUGUCGGAGCUUCUCGGCUCCUUCGCCGACAACGAGCUCUCCCCCGAGUGCCUGGACGGCGUUCAGCACGUGCUGGCGCCCGGCGGCAUCUCGAUCCCUGAGUCGUACACGGCACACAUGAGCCCUAUCGCGACGCCGCGCAUCCACGCCGACCUCCUCACCAGGGUGCCGACGGAGCCCAAUGCCUUCGACACGCCCUGGGUCGUACGCCUCUUCGCGCUCGACUUCGCCGCCGUCCGCGUGCCGGACCACCCGCGCUUCCAGCAGGCGUGGGAGUUCUCCCACCCGGUGCCCGAGGCGACGCUCAGGCAGAUCGAGACGAGGCGCGCGGGCGGCGUCAUGGGCGGCGGCGGCGGGAGCAUGGGCGGCGCCGUCGGCGCCAACGACCAUAACUCGCGCUUCUGUCACCUCACAUUCGUCUGCCGCACGCGCGGCGUCAUCCACGGCCUGGCCGGCUACUUCGAGUCGGUCCUCUACGCCCCGCAGACGGGCGGCAAGGAGAAGGUGGAAAUCAGCACGCACCCCGAGUUGAUCGACCGCAAGAGCAAGGACAUGAUUUCGUGGUUCCCCAUCUUCUUCCCCAUCAAGCAACCCAUCUACUACCCUGCCGACACGGAGCUGGAGGUCACCAUGUGGCGACAGACGGACGAUUCGCGCGUGUGGUACGAGUGGCUCAUCGAGGCAUACGCGUGGGUGAGCGAAACACAGCGCAUCAAGGUGGCGUCAUCGGAUCUCUGCAGCAGUCGCAAGGUUGCUUGUCUCAUGUAA